GUUGUCUUGGGCAUUUCUGUCAUUAUUGCUAUAUAAACGUUGUCUACGGGCUGUUGCAUGAAAGGUGCUAUGCAUGUACUUACUACGAUCGACUAGAAAGGAACGUUUGACUUCUCUGCUUAUAGAUCUCCUCCUCCACAAAUCUCGACCAACACCUGCUCAACACAUUUAUAUGCAUCUAAAUCGAUACCACCUUCCAUAUCAUCAUCAAUAGCGUCAAUCUGAAUUGGGAAGAGAUGCCUGAACGGACCCGGCCUGCGGUGAAGGAGAUCCAGGAUGCAUAUAACUACCUAUUCAACUCCUCAGUUAGCCUUUCCAAGAUCAAGGAUGCUGCAUUAGGAGGCAGAUUGUUCUCAGCUACUGAGGAUGAGGAUGCUGCUGGGGUUGUUGGAAGGAGUCUCGCUUGGAAGCUCUUCUUGAUACCAAAUGAGCCUCUGCAGUCCAUUGCGGAUGUAGUCGCUAUUCCCCCAUUGCAAUCUCUGCGGCGAGCCCGUUCAGAAUACAAAAAGUUGCUAUUGGAACAUAUGCGUGCACCAGAUGGAAGUUAUGAUGACGGUCUGAUUAUCCCCGGCACCAAUGAUUCACCUCCAAGAAUUGAGCGAACCAGUAGCAACCUCGAUCGAAACAAUCCGCUCAGUUUACACGACGAGAACCCUUGGACGGAAUGGUUUGCUUCAAUGGAAUUGCGAAAGACGAUAUUGCAAGAUGUCGAGAGAACAUUUCCAGAUAUUGGAUACUUCCGUGACAACGAAGUCCAAACGCAACUCACGAACAUUCUCUUCGUGUACUCCGUAACUCAUCCCGACAUCGGCUAUCGACAAGGCAUGCAUGAGCUCCUGGCACCACUCUACUAUGCCGUGGACUACGACUCGAUUCUAUCCGAGGAUCCUUCAACCUCCAGCUCUCCUUCUACCUCCACAGAGUCUUCUGUCAAAGCGUUUUGCUCCCGUCUCUGGGUAGGGGCAGACGCUUGGGCUCUGUUUGACGCGGUCAUGCGCGGCGCAGGUCGAUGGUAUGAAUGGCGAGAAAGCAAAGACCCUAUGGUUUCUGAGAAGAGUUCUCUAUCCUCACACGUUCAAUUGAACGUGGUGAAUGAUCACAGUAUAAAGCCAUACAUUGCUCCGAUUGUGCAGGCUUGCAAUCGAAUCCAGUCGACGUACUUGAAGGCCGUGGACCCCGAGUUGUGGCGGAAGAUGCAGAGUGCUGGGAUCGAGCCUCAGAUAUAUGGAAUUCGAUGGCUUCGACUCUUGUUUACACGAGAGUUCAGCAUGAGUAAUGCUAUGAUUCUUUGGGAUGGGUUGUUCGCUUGUGACCCCACUCUAGAUCUUGCGCAGUGGGUCUGCGUUGCCAUGCUCAUCCGUAUUCGUAACCAAUUGAUACCCUCCGACUAUAGUGGUCAGCUCACAUACCUUCUCCGUUACCCUUCUCAGCCGGCUUCUACUACAAUUCAUUCUUCAUCUCUCCUUAUUCGGCAAGCUCUCACACUUCAAAUGUCCCCUACUGCAACCACCGGAGUUUCCAUCGUUCAUGAGAACAGGAAUCUUCUCAACAUACCUAUAGAAGUCCCAGAACCACCGCCGCCUCCUAUGCGCAGGAGGGCGAAACUUGCAGAGCGCGGACAGUCACUUUCUUCCUCAGAACCCGGUUCAUCGUCGUCCAGAUCACCCCAAUUAGAUGCCAAUGCGAAUAGACUGCAUACAAGACAGGGUUCGACGCCAAUGGGGUUGCCUGAGAUGAUUGCAAGAGGCCUGUUGGAAAGAGGUGAGAGCCUGGGAAUCAAUAAGACAGUCAUGAAUGCUGUCUCUGAAUUGAAGCGAAAUUUGCCGGAUUUGGCGAAUUCGCUGGCUCGUUUUCCACAGUCAUCUUCAUACCCCCUCGAGGAUGAACGGCCUCCUUCUGAACGCCCACCAUGGGAACCCAGGACGCGUUUCGAGAUGGAACGAGACGUGUCUGAAAUGCGUGCUUUGCAACAACGGCUUGGUGAUUCGGUGACCUGGAUCGUCGACACACUUCUGUUAGACGAGAGCAAUGUGAAGGAUGUGGAAGAGGCGAAGUCUAUCAAGAGUAGGAAGCGGGAGGCAUUGGAAUCAUUGGCCUAUGUUCGGGACGUGUUGAAGGAGACCGUAAGCCCCUCGGAACUAGAUGAGGAACGUUUGUCGAGUGAGGAGCAGUUGAAGGCGAAGAAAGCAAAGGCUGUCGAGGGAAAGCAGGAUAUUUUACCUUCGCAGGGUGAAGUUCCUACGCACCGAAGGCCAGUUCAACAUCGCUUGCCCGUAUCACCCCCGCUACCAGCACCAGCUGCCGCACCCCCAGUGACAGACCCACGAGCAAGGCCCACAGUGCAUCGAGGAUCUGGAGACUACUUCCCGCCGACACCUGUGGUAUCGGGCGGACCUUCGACCACUUUUUCAACCAAACCUCCGUUGCAAAUUCCGCGUCAAAUGCCACCUCCGACGCCGGUAUCUUCAGCCCCAGCGUUGACCCCAAAUGCCAACGCUACUCCUGUAGCGCCCUGGAAUUACACAAAGUCAAGUUUUUCUUCGUCCCCUAUUGCUACCCUUCCUCGAAUACCACCAAAAUCGUCUACUACACUGCGAUUUGGUUCCGUACGCACCCCGAUGGCAGUGCCGCCGCUGCAAACUCCACCAACAGUGGGUGUUUCGCGCGAUCAAGCUCCGCGCAAGCAGAAUGUGCAGCACGAUCCUUUGGGUGCGAUACCCUAGUGUGACUGUAUACCAUGCAUAUCUUGUAAAUUAUUUCUUGUACUACGUACUGUAUGUAUUACAACGGACUCGAUAGCG